UGGGCAACAGAUGGCAGUAUUGAACCUGACGUCACGUUAAUGGCGGAGAGCGUGUGUUUCUGAGCUGAGAAUCCCCUUGUCGAGACAAACUUUUUUCUCUCAUAAUUAGAGUAUAAAUCACAUAUUUACCCUGUUUUAAUAUCAGGGAGGCCACCACCAUGCUAAUAGUACUGAAAACGUUACAACAGCAGACUUUCCGUGUGGAAAUAGAGGACAGUGCAACGGUUAGGAAUCUCAAAGAUGAAAUUGAAAAGACACAAGGGAAAGACUUCCCUGCCUCUGGGCAAAAGUUAAUUUAUGCAGGUAAAAUCUUAAGUGAUGACAACCCUUUAUCGUCUUACAAUAUAGAUGAAAAAAGCUUUGUUGUAGUCAUGGUUACAAAGAGGCUGCAAACAGAAGAAAAAAAAGAAGAGAAGAAGGAGGAGGCCAAACCACAGGAGACUGCUGCAGCAGCCAGUGCAUCAGCCAGUAGUGCCCCUGUGGCUAUGGAAGAGGGCACAACCAAAGCAGCUGAGGAGAAGAAAACAGAAGAGAAGGCAGCAGAACCAGCAGCUGAAACAAAAACACAAGAGGAGAGUUCAAGUGGACUUCAAGCCUUCCACAGCGCAGAAUCCACCCUGGUGACGGGCGAGGAGUACCAGAACAUGGUCACCGAGUUGAUGAGUUUGGGCUUUCCGAGGGACAAGGUCAUCAGGGCGAUGCAAGCAAGCUACAACAACCCCAACCGAGCUGCAGAGUACCUUGUAGUGGGUAUUCCAGAUCCACCACCUGAAACGCCGGCAGACCAGCCACCUUCACAACCGUCUCUACAAUCAUCACAGUCCUCAUCUCAACCAGGAGGUGAAGGUAGUCCUUCAUUGGAAUUCCUAGAUCAACUUCCCCAGUUCCAGCAAUUACGGGAAGCCAUAUCCUCAGACCCAGCCAUGCUCAGCCAAUUUCUCCAGUCUCUAGGUCAAUCAAAUCCACAACUUCUCCAGAUCAUAAGCCAACGGCAGGAGGAAUUCAUCGCCCUCAUCAACCAACAGCCUGAUGCAGCUGCACAGCCUGCUGUAGGAGGAGGAGGAGGUGGAGGAUCAGGAAGAGGAGGGAGUAGUAGUAGCUCGUCUCUGACCUCAGCAGCACAGCCAGGAGGACAGCAGUCAUCAUCACAACCCGCCAACCCCCCAGCCCAGCAGGCAGGGGGACAGGGUGGGGGACCAGGUAUCAGGAUGUCAGAAGAGAAUCCAGGGGUUGCUUACAUUGAACUCAUGCCAGAAGAGAGGGACGCAAUUGAAAGAUUGAAGGGGCUCGGUUUCCCUGAAGAGUUAGUAAUACAGGCCUACUUUGCUUGCGACAAGAAUGAGAAUUUAGCCGCCAAUUUCCUCCUUCACGAGAACUGAAUCACCUAUAAUUGUUUUUCAGAAGUCACGUCUAUUGGCUCUUGGUGAUCAAGGGUCCUUAUUUGUAAUAUGUAUGUUUAAAAAAAGACUAAAGUUUUCAACGAAGAAGACUUUUCAUAAUCAACUCUCAAACUUCGUAGGGGGAUUCCAAAUCUGCACCAGUGUAGUAUAAGUCACAUUAAUUUUCUAACUUGGAAGGAAAUAGUCUCUUUUUUAUAUACCUGUAAUGGCCAGUUGUAGUUUAGUGUAAUUCUUAGCUGCAAAUGCCAAACCAAACCAGUCGCCAGCAGUAUUUUCUCAUACCAUGUCAUUAUGUUGUGAGUUCCUCCAAAUUAAACAUCAACUGAAACAAUAUGGAGCACAUCUGCAAAAUAUAUGUAAUCGUGGUCAACACUGAAAGUGCUACUGCAAUAAAAGAAGAAUGUAUGAUUGAAAUUUCUUUUACAUUACAUUUUAGAUGAUUAAUAAUCUCUGGGUUUGUGUAUGUACUGAAAGAAGUUGCUUUUAUAUUGCUCAAUUCACAAUAAACUCAAAAUCAUUUACAAAGGUGAUCCACUUUUGUCACUGCUGCUAGAAUCAACCAUUUGUGAGCACUUGAAAAUACCAAUAUACCAAGAUGCAGCAAGCUAGCUACUCCAGGUUCAAACUGCUUACCAGAUAAAAUGGCAUGAAUUAAUCUCUUCACUGAAUUUAGGAAAGAAAAACCUCCUUUUACCCAUAGUACUUCAACCCAAAUUGGUUUUAAAUGCCUGAUGAGUCAGCGAUAAAGCAUUUGUACAGUAGGUCUAAGUAUAAAAACUCUGUAUGUGAUGUUGCACAUACGAGUCUUUGUGUGAAUACCCAUUUUAUUAUUUCACUACCAAAGUGGCUGGAUUACAUUGAAUUAAGUGAAGAUUGAAUACCCACCGUAAUCACUUUAAACUCCUGGAAAUCUGACUUUCAUUAGUUUGUUUCUCCAGAGGUAAUGACAAAAUUGUGAUAUAUAUUAAUUUCAUUAAAUAAUCUCUCUUUAAUAACAAGCUUACUGAAAAUGACCCUUGACAGAUUCAUGGUUGCUACCAACUAUGACUUAAGUCCUUACUUUCCCGAUGGCCAUGUUGAGUUGCGGAACGUUAUGAAUCCUUUCCCUUUUCUCCAACCAAACCAGUGCCAUUAUAACUUGACUGCUGCAUUGUAUCAACAAGUUAGAUAACACUUGCUGCUUGGCUCUUGGUAUUCACUCCAAGACAUUUGUACUAUUAACCAAGUAAUAGCUCUAUGGGAUGAAUAACGGUGCUGCUUAAACCAUACUAAUCACCUGACAAAUAUUAUGUAUACAGCUAGAAUGUAUCAAAUCAACCUAAAAAAAAAUUCCCGGCUUUCAAUGGUCUAACGAAUAAGAAGGAAGAAGAAAAUAAAGAAAUACAUAAAACACACUGCGCAAAAUUCCUGGCUUUCAAUGGUCUAACGAAU